AUGGGAUUUCUCGGCCUGGGCGAGCCAUCCUGGGGCACUCUCAUCAUUUUCCUUGGAGCAUGGAUCAAUCGAGACUUUACCACCCCCGUGGCACGAUCGAGACAAGGAUCUUCCGUCGAACUCGUCGAUGACGUUGACCAUGAGAUGGGACUCGGGUUUCGAGAAACGCUGGGUUCCGGAGACUCACCUAGUACGCCUUCUCCCAACGCUGCUCGACAGGGGCAGUGGCGUCACAGGGAGUUGUCCCUCCUCGGGCUGAAGACGACAGUUCAAACACCAGACACAGCUGUCUUCCGCAACCGGAUGUCUAGCAAAGUGCUUUUGCGCUUUCCAUUCUUGAUCGAGAUCGUGUACUGGGCUCUCAUUUACGGCGUCUACCAGUUUGGCCGGGGCCAAUUGGCUAUCAGAUUCGUCGACCAGACCGUCGACAUAGCUUGCCAUCAUGCCUUGGCUGUCAUCAAGCUAGAGCAGCAGCUCCACAUCUUUUGGGAGCUGCCCAUCCAGAAAUUCUUCCUCCAGUACCCCCAAGCGAUGUGGUUGAUCAACCGAGUCUACAGCUUCGUCCACCUGCCUGCAACGAUCACUUUCUUGGUUGGCUUGUACUAUUUCGCCAUAACGCGGAACCGCCCUAGUGUCAAUUCGAAUCAUCCCGAUCAGUCUCGAGGCUCGUAUGUUCCCGAGCUCUUCGAAUCUAGGCGUCGGGCCUUAGCGCUUUGCAACCUCCUUGCAUUCUGCGUCUUCAGUAGCUGGCCAUGCAUGCCUCCUCGGCUGUUGGGGGACUCGAAGUUGCCAGGAGAGGCGGGUGAGCUCGCCCGAAGCUUUGGGUUUAUCGAUACGAUCCACACGCGCGAUGGAGCUACCAGCGUUUUCAACACCAGGAAAUGGACCAAUCAGCUGGCUGCGAUGCCCUCGCUUCAUUUCGGAUAUUCGCUGUUGAUCGGAGUCUCCCUCAUGCGACUGCCACUCGCUCCGCCGAACAGACGUUAUAGAUUAUUCGUACCGGCCGUGUCAUUUCUCAAAUUCGACUACACCGGUUUCGUCCCCCGAACUCCCUCUCUUCCCAAACUCCUCUGCGAGAUCGUCGGCUUCCUGUACCCGUCCUCGAUCUUGGUCGCCAUCCUCGCCACCGCAAAUCACUUCAUCUUAGACGCCGUGGCGGGCGGCAUGAUUUGUUUAGUUGCUCUGCGAUGCAACUGUUUCAUGAAGAACCUUUUACCACUCGAGGACUACGUUCUGUGGUGCCUCCGUAUUCACAAGCCUGUCCCCGAACCGCCAAUUCAGAGCGUGCGUCUAGACGACAAAGAAUAG